CUCGUCGUACACCAGGGUUGCUUUGGCAUACGACCGUAUCCUGGAGACGACCCUUGGUAUUGUGAUUUAUGCGGUAUGAUGCAUCCUUGUCUUGCAUACAUUCUUGACGGCGGAGCUUUGAAACCAACCUUUGAUGGCAAAUUUUUUGCACAUCUGUCUUGCGUGAUAUGGAUACCAGAAGCUCACGUAGUGAAUACUUCCACAAUGAGUCCUGUCGAAAUCAGACAUAUCCCCAAGGAGAGGCUGAAGCUCAAAUGCCAAAUUUGUAAACAGAAAGAUGCUCCUUUUGACGCUCCUGUGCAAUGUUACGAAAGCUCAUGCUCUCGUAAUUUUCACGUGGGUUGUGCACGAGCAAGUGGU